AUGUUUUCUCGUGUCGCCGCCAUUUCCUUCCUCGCGCUGCCUCUCCUCGCAGCCACCAACCCGGUCGAGCUCGCCGUCCGCCAGUCUGCAUGCUCUGUUGGGUCGUUCGAAUGCUGCGACAACACCGUGGAUCCCAACUCUUCCAAAGGCGAGCAGAUCCUAGGCCUCUUAGGCCUCCUCGGCAUCACCGACUUGAUCGGCAUGGAUUGCUCGCCGAUUGCGUCCGGUGACACAUGCAACGCCUCUCCUGUGUGCUGCACGGACAACAGCAGCUACAACUUCAUCUCCCUCGGGUGCAUCCCCAUCUCCCUCUGA